AUGUCGGACCAACAGACUAGGCGAAUGCAAGUCAAGGUGUUGUACUCGUUCAACAACAACGCCACCAUCUUCUUGUCGAGAUCCAAGAACCAGUACGCCGUCAAAAUCGCCCACAUCCCCAUGGCCAACGAAGAGCUGGAACUUACUUUGGGGGCGUUCGACCUCAAGAGCUGUGUCCAGCAGAUCGUUCGAAGCUCACCCGAGAACUUCAAGUUGCAUGCUGAAGACUACGUCGUCUACUACAAAGACACCACCGAGCAGCCCGACGAGCCGUUCGUGGCCAACGGCGAGAUGUCCGCGUUGUUGGCGUCGUCCAAGCCCCACCUCGUCCCAGGAAGAGUGUGCCAGAACGUGUCUGCCAGCUUCUUGUUUGGCGACAAGUCCAACGCUUCGUCGUUGACGCUCGAAAUCAGGUUGAAGCUCCACACCAUCGACCGUUCCGACUCUGCUCCGCCACCGCUGGCGCUCCAAAACCACCAAAAUCUCCAAAACCACCAAAACCACCAAAACCACCAGAGGCCGCGUCCCGUCCACCCGCUGCCUGCACCCUCUGCAUCGUCGCUGGCUGCCGUCAAGGCCACCAGGACUAAAUCGUUGCCCAUUUUCAACAACAUUCCCAGCCAGACCAUGUUCAACAUCAUGAACCACGACAAGCUCAACUUGGCGUCCAAAUACGACGCCAAGAGCGUUCAGGACCGGUUCAAGCUGGCCCCGUUCCUCCAGGCCAAAAUCAUCGACAAGCCUGUCAAGAAGCAUAGACGGUAUGCCGAGCCCCAGAGGGCCAUGCGCACCCGUUCCAUGGUCAACCAGACCCCAACCAUGAUCUCGUCACCCAUUAACGAGGAGCCCAUGUCAGACAGCACCGACGACACCGAGUACCGCGAGAACCAGGAAAUUCCCGAGGACGACGAGGAAGAGGAUGGCGAUUUCGACGAGCUUUCCCCCUACACCCCACAACAGCCUCCCUACGACAACCACCACGGUCCGGCACCUACAACCGUCACCUCCAUCACCACCAACAAGACACACGACACCUUCCAGUCUUUACCCGACUUGGAGGACUUGGAUAGCAAAAAAUGCCACACCAUCCCUCACACCAAGCUCCCCAAAAAUCACGGGUUGGUCUGCGUUAAUAGCAACUGUGGUACCACCUCCUCGAUUGCAUGGAGAUACUUUGAAACUGGUUUUCAUCCUAACUACUUUGCUAUCCACAGGGCCACUGAGUUCGACAAAAAGCAUUAUGAAGGAAUGUACGGGCCGUUGUGUAACGCUUGUCAUUUGUUUCUUAGAAACAAAGGGUUUCACAGACCCGAGAACGUGGUAAAGAAAUACUUACAGCAGCAAAGAUACAAGAGAGAGUUGAAAAAUAGAGAAGAAAAGUCAAGCCAGUAUGCAUCUUCUCCAGUCCCUCCACUGGUAGGAAAAUUUGCCACUCCUUCGCAUACACGAUCUGCUAUAAAUCAGGUCAUUCAAAAUAACCAUCAGAGCAACCAGCUGGCCAACAAUGAGUCAUACUCUAAGAAAACUCCUAACUACAAUGAUCCCACUGAAUUCUUGAACCAACUAAAUAAUUUCGGGGGUCCAUUGACAGAUAUUGACCCAUUGCCACAAGACCAGAACGGUGUUACUCCCCCCAUGAUGGCCACCAAGUCCAACACUAGAGUCAUCAACCUCUAUGACGAUGGAGAGGAUAAAGAAAACUGUCCUCCAUCGGAAGAAGAGGGUUCUCAUGAUAAUGAAAUGGCUAGUUUUGAGAACAUGAUUCGCAAAUCGUUCACUCAAGGCAGUAGCAAGUCUAGUCCCGUUGGUAAUGAGUGGAUCAGCACUCUCUUCACAGAACCAACUCCAAAGGACCAGAUCACUCCCAGAGACACCAAAACACCCAAUGAAGAUGGCGAAAAUGAAAGCAAGCUCUUACAUCCAAAUAUGCCAGAUAUGAAGACUUUCACCAAUAAAAAAUCUGCCGAAGGAAACCGCUUGAACAACAAGAAGGCUGCCGUGGUCAAUAUGCCGUCAUCUCCAUUCUUAACAGGUGCCCAGCACUCGGAUGAAUUGGAAAAUUUCUUGAACACUGACUCCAACGAGUAUGUUGAGAUCGACGAUGAAAUCCACGACCUUGUUUCUAGCCACCAAUUUGCAUUCACUAACAACUCAUCACCCAAAGUCGCUUCCAGAAACGACACUACCAACCUGGUAAUGUCAUGGAACACCACUCAUAACUCCAAACGUAACAAUGACUUGGGCAGUGGGUCCACUCCAAACACAGAUUUGUUUUCCACUGAUGAUAUGGAGAACUCCAACGAUAAAACCCAAAUGAAGUUUAGUUUGGACGAAAUGAUGGGACAAGAGACUUCUUAA